AUGUUUGGCGUAUUCAAUCAAGCAGCGGCGGGCUCUGGCAGUCGGUGUAGAAGGAGGAGUACAAGUCGACCUCGCUAAGGUCACGCCGAAUGGAGAUGUAGGCAGGAUGUGGCAUCAAGUGGGGUAUAAAAAAAAAGGGGGGGGGGCGAGGGAAUCUCAAAUGCCUACAUUUUGUACCCCCUUGUGCAUCAUCCAUCCCGCUUCCGCAUGGCCAAGCAGCGUCGGUCUCGGCAUACAGGAUCACAACAGCCAUCAGAAGGUCUCUCUUCCUCAUGGACCCCGAGUCCAGCUCACUGGCUCGCCUACCAAGCGCCCAGCCCCGUCGCCGGCGAAGGUCCAGACAAGGCUCUUUCGACUGA